AUGGAAGAAACACAAAAAGGAACGCGCAUAGGGCCGCUGCCUGGGGGUCGCCGGGGCGUGUCUGGAGCUGGCGCUGGACGCGGCAGCAUGCGGACCGCCAGCCGAGCGCGAGGAGCUGCACGAUCACCUAGCAGCCCCUCGCAUCCAUCAUCCCCACCAGAAGGCUUGGUGUCGGCUGGGUCUUCUCGGACCCAGCAAGCGGCACCCGCCGCUGGUGGAGCACGUCGCAUGCGUUGGACAAAAUCCAUGAACGAAAACGCAUUGCGGGCGUACUAUAGGGCGAAAGGGGAAGAAACUGUGGGAAUAGCGUAUAGGUCUCGGAUGCAUUGCUUUUUUGCUGAGCUGGAGCCGUCUAUCCCCGUCACGGAACAAAACCUGGCAGACCGAGUUCGGUACAUCAUGCGCUCGAAAAUAUUUGAUGAUGCCGAACUCGAACGACUACGACGUGAGGCUAUUCCGUCGUCGAAUGAAUCGGCUAUGGCUGGAGAUGCAGCUCCACAUUCGACAGACCAGCAUCCACACGUGGAAGCCGCCAUGGAUCUUCCAGUUGUGGUUGAUUCGAACGACGAUGAAAUAGUCUCCCACGAACUAGAGCAAAUGAGGAGUAUAUUGGAAGAGGCGAUUUUGGAAACGCGCAGCACCCCUCUCGAAAAUCGACCGCGACUUCCCCGCAUACCCUUAAGCAAGCGAAAUCGGGCUGUCGUGAGGGCUCUUAACCCAAUGCUGGUGACCUAUUUGGAAGCCAGCCGGGACCUUUGCGAGACGGACUCGAUUCUCUUUGGCGCCGCAGUGGCAGUUUGCCGUAUUAUUGGCGCCAAACUUCCCAUGGCUGGACGCGCUACUACACAAAGUAACGCCAUCCCAGCCUGGAGGAAAAGAAUCGAGGACCGUAUCGCAAAGGCAAGGGCCCUUAUCGGCAGACUGACAAGCUUCAGGUCGGGUAAUAAUAGACCGAGGAUUAUGCGCACCGUUAGGAUGGCGUUUGCUGGGACAAAUAUCAGUUUGUCCCAGCCGGAUAUCACGCAGAAACUAACGGAGCGCAUAGACGACCUGAAGCAAAAGAUCGCUGCUUGGGGGAAGCGGAUUCGACGAUUUUCCGAGGGGUCAAGGCGGUUCAACCAGAAUCGUCUCUUCCAGAGUGAUCAGAAGAGGCUCUAUAAAUUAUUGGAGCGACCAAAGGUAUGUGUAGCGGGCCAAGGACCGGAUCAGGCUGACAUUAUCGCAUUCUGGCGUGGCCUGUGGUCAGAGCCCGUAAAUCACAGUGAGGGCCCUUGGAUGGAAGUUGUGGCGAGCCAGGGUGCGAGUGUUACGCCUAUGGACCCCAUCACCAUAACGCCAGAAGACGUGGCUGAGGCGGUCCGUAGGGCCCCGAACUGGAAAAGUCCGGGGCUCGACGGGCUGCAUCAUUACUGGCUGAAGGGGUUCGUAGUGUGUCACGCUGUGCUCGCCCGACAGUUUCAAGAGGCUCUCGACCAGAAGUCACUCCCGAGCCUCUUCACUACUGGGAUCACUCACUUGGUUCCUAAAGAUCAAGAUACCACAGACCCGAGCAAAUACCGCCCCAUCACGUGCAUCGCUUUCCCAGCUACGUAUUUCGCGCUCGGACUUUUCCGUGGCGCGUCGGCCGGACUCGAGCGCGUCUGGGGUGCGUUGCCAUGGCGACCGAAGGCACGCGGCGCUAUCGGCGGUGGCCGCGGCUGA